AUGAUCAACUGCAUCUGCAGAUUAAUUCUUAGGAAACGCUAUUCCACAAAUUUAUUGUACAAGUAAGCACAAGUAUUAACUGCAGAUUAAUGAUUCAUUAGGGUACGCCGGGCAAUUAAUACUUGUACUUACUUGCGCAAGCGCACCUUAUCAGUGUAUGACCAUAAUGACUAGUCUUGCGCACCUCAUCAGUGUAUGACCAUAAUGACUAGGUCUUGAAGUUUAUCACAUUACCGACAGGACCCCCGCAUUCAAAAUAAUGAAGUAUGACUAUGACACGCGACAACAGCUGCUAUUAAAGUCGCGAACGAAUCGAGUAUAAUGUUAAUGUACUCUUAGAAGAACGCCGCAUGGUGCAACGUUCUUGCGCAGCGCCAC